AUGGAGUUUGACAACAUAAACGGCGCACGACGCGUCAUUAAAGUUUUACAAUACAUGGGCCUCUGGCGUUCCGAUGCUCCAUGGCAAACGUACUACGCCGCAUAUUCCUACAUUUUACACUUCUCAUUGACCUUUCCGUACACUGUGAUGAUGUGGGUGGACGUAGUGCAGGCCUCCGACUUGGAAAAGUUCUCCUACAUUAUGUACAUGUCGCUAACGGAGCUUGCAUUGUUGGCCAAAGUCACUAAUGUUUGGAUAAAUUCGAAAAUAUUUGUGCACUUCUUCCACGUACUGGCCAAUGAUGAGAUGUACAGACUGCGUUCAGAGGAGGAAUGUACACUUUGGUCCUCGGUACAUAAAUAUUAUCGUUUCAUUGCUUUUAUGUAUUUCGCAAUGAGCGUUACGCUGGUGACGAUCGCAUUUGUUGGCGUGCUUUUCUCGGCGGAAUAUGAAUUACCAUUUCCUUAUGCGCCGCCAUUCGAGUGGCGUAAUGAGCGCGGCUAUUGGUAUGCAUACUUUUAUGAGUUGGUGGCCAUGCCGGUCACAUGCUUCUCCAAUUGUGGACUCGAUAUGAUCCAAUGCUAUAUGCUUUUGCAUUUGUCGUUGUGUUAUCAAAUGAUUGAAGGACGCUUGCAGGAAAUGGGAAAGUGGAAGGGACAGUCAGGUCGCUUAAGCGGAUUCAGUGAGGUGCGAUUAUUGGAGGAAUUUAUCAGCUUGGACAAAUUACAUAGAACUACGAAGAAACUCUCAGAGGACUGCGAGACAUUUGUUUCAUUUCCAUUCCUUAUACAAAUAAUGUGCUCCUCAUUUGUGCUCUGUUUCAGUGCAUACCGAUUGCAGCAGGUCAGCAUUUCCGAGAACCCCUCACAAUUUUGUACAUUGAUUUUGGCUGUGAUUGUUAUGAUCUUACAAAUUUUCGUACCCUGCUAUUGUGGUAACGAAAUCAUAUUGCGUUCUGGUGCGCUGAACAAUGCCAUUUAUAAUGCCGAUUGGAUACAGUGUUCACCAAAAAUGCGCAAAUAUUUGAUAAUUUAUAUGGAAAUGUUGCAGGUGCCGGUCAAAGUGCGAGCAGGGAACUUUUUCGAAAUUGGACUGCCGGUUUUUGUGAAGACAAUGAAUAAUACGUAUAGCUUAAUGGCACUGCUGCUCAAUAUGAAUAAAUAA